UAGCAGUUAGCUCAUAAAUUUACAAAGUAUACUGAAUAGUGUAUAAUCGUUUAAUACAUUUCAAACUUUGAAUUUCGAAAUUCCGACUCGAUUAUACAUUUAUUGAUCAAUACUGAAACUCAACAAACAAAAUCAACUCUACUUUAAUUAUUAUAUAAAAUCUAUUCUAUUCGGUCCAAGCAAAUAAAAUGAAAUACUUAUUGGAAACGGUAAUAUGGUUAUUACUUCUAUUAAAAUCUACAGACCAAUCAGAUUUGAAUAUUGCAAUAAUCGGUGGUGGCAUAGGUGGAACAUCUUGUGCAUAUUUUUUAAAAGAAAUAUUUAAGGAUUUAGUUAAUUUAGAUAUAUAUGAGGGCAAUAAGGUUGGUGGAAGAUUAGCCACAGUAAUUAUGAGCGAUGGAAAUGAAUAUGAGACUGGUGGAUCAGUCAUUCACCAAAGAAACAAAUAUAUGUCUGAUUUUGUAAGUUACUUAGGACUUCAAAAACGUAAGUCAGUAUUUAAAAAUGAACGACUUGGUUUACACAAUGGAAAAGAUUUUGAUUUUAUAGAGAAUGACAACUAUUAUAUAAAUUUGAUGAAUAUUUUAUGGCGAUAUGGUUACAGCAUUAAACGUUUGCAGGAAUUUAUUAAUAGCAUGCUUGACAAGUUUGAAAGAAUUUAUGAACUACAGACCAAGGGUCUAAGUUAUGAUUCAACAUAUGACUUACUAACAGCAAUGGAUCCUUCAUUUGUCAAUUAUCUUAAUAUUUCAGUGAGGGAUGCAUACUUGAAAGAGGAACAUUUUUCUGAGUCUUUAAUCACUGAACUUGUACAGGCAUCCCUUAGAGUAAAUUAUGGACAAAAUACCAAUGUUCAUGAAUUUGUUGGAUCAGUUUCUAUGGCAGGAAUGGAUGGAUCAUUAUGGUCAGUAAAAGGAGGUAAUAAAAGAGUUGUAGAAAAACUACUUGAAAAAUCCAAAGCACAUUUGGUACCGGAAUAUGUGGUCCAAAUAACUAAAAACAAUGAUUCAUAUACACUAUUAACUAAUUUUAAAAAAAAGGCAACUUACGAUUAUGUUGUGUUUGCUGCACCUCUUGCAGAAAAUCAGAAAGUACCAAUCACUUUUUCAAACAUGCCAUUAGCAUUAAAUAAAGUCGGUAAAUACCACCAAACAGUAAGUACAUUGGUUGUUGGUGAGAUGAAAAGAACACAAUUUUCAUCUAUUUCUGAUGAUUUGUUACCAAUUACUAUUAUAUCAAACAAUGAAAAUGAGUUUUUCAAUUCAAUCAGUAAUGUUGAAGGAGUCAAUGAAACCGGAAGUUUAAAUGUUUGGAAAAUAUUUUCUCAACAUCCACUAUCUAACAAUCAGAUAGACCAUUUAUUUGAAAAUGUUAGUGAUGUUAAAGUUGUAGAUUGGUUGGCAUAUCCUCAUUAUAAAGUUCCAACCGAAUCACAGAGUUUUCACAUAGCUGAUCGGCUUUACCACAUUAAUGCCAUAGAGUGGGCAGCAAGUGCCAUGGAAAUGAGUUGUAUUGGUGCAAAGAAUGUAGCACUGUUAAUCAAGAAACACUUUUAUAGCAAUGAACUAAAUGAAACAACUAAAUGGUCUCAUAUGGAACUAUAAUGAAUUUUAAGGCUAAUAUAAUGUCAACAACAAAAAAUAUGUUAUGUAUUUAAAUAAAACAUAAAUUAUAAGUGUAAAAUAUACAAAAGAUUUCAGAUUAAGAAACCUAAAAUUAAAUACUAAUAGUGUGGUUUCAAUGUACAAUAUUUAUAUAAAUUUAUAAUGAUAAGA